CAGUCAUUCAUGGAUUUUGUUGGUGUGUGGGUGUACGUAGUGUAAUCUGUUCGUGUAAUUAUUUUAUUUUGUAAAUAUUUACUAAAACAAACUGUGUUCAAGAAGAAAGUGAGUUGCCCUUAUCAAUGAUGUUUUGGUUAUAUUAUUUUAGCUAAGUUUUAGAACAACAGAAAAGUUCAUUACAGCUGUGAAACUUUUCGCGCACUGCGGAUAUUAAUCUGGUCACAGCAAUAAUUAGAUUUAAAAAAUGGAAGAUUGUGAAGAAACUGAUGCAAUGCAGGUCAAACGCAUUAUCACCAAGAAGAAACUGGCCAACAUUAUAACAACAGAAGAUGGGACAAUACAUUACUGCUGUAUCGAGUGCCCAGUCCGGUACCUUGAUAAGGCAGAGUUGGAGCUGCAUCUAUGUAUGCACACUAAGGAAUAUAGAUAUCUAUGUGGCAUUUGUGGGAAAGGGUUAAAACGGAAAGAGCACUUGGACCGUCACACCAUGGAGCACAAAGAGACCAGACCCCACGUCUGCCACGAGUGCGGCAAGGGGUUCAAACGUAAAGAGCAUCUAAACAUACACAUGGCUGUGCAUAAAGGGGAAAAGACACAUUCCUGUGGAAUUUGUCACAGAACAUUUAGCCGCAAAGACCACGUCCAAAAACACCUGCAGACUCAUAGCAAAGAGUUAUCUGGCUUGGACGUUGUUGAGCUGGACAUCAAAAGUGAGGUUGCGGAUGUUGACGCCGGUGGAGACAGCAACGAAAUGGAUUACGAGCAAUCACAGGAGUUCGACCCCAUGGAAUAUGCCAAUCAGAUGCACAGGACCGAAGAGGUCCGCUACCCGUGCUACUACUGCGAGAAGACUUACAAGAUCAAGAGCCAUUUGCAAGCUCAUCUGCAGACGCACGUCAACGAGGAGACGCAUGAAGUGCCAGUGGAGAUACAACAAGAUGACACAGCGGAUGACUCGCAAUGGAUAUCCUUUGAUGGGACAGAAGAACCACAAGAGCUCCAACAGUCCAUACAAGACAUGGGCCUAUUGAUCCCUAGGGCCCCGCUGAAGCCCCCGAAGGAGGUGCGCCCGCACGAAUGUGACGUUUGCCACAAGCGCUUCAAAAGGAGACAGCAUCUUAAAGUCCACAUGAAUGUUCACCUCAAAAUGAUGCAGCCCACUAUAUGGUGCUCCCUGUGUAAUGAAGGUUUCUACUCCAACCCCCAGUUUGAGAAGCACAAAUGCUCAGCCAACCCGAGCGCUGAAGAAGAAGAUGAAAUGAUCCCUAUCAAGCCUGCGUCGCCGGAGAGAAACGAGAACAAGAUACCCGCGUCUGGAAUUAAGAUAAUAAACGCGAUGGACGACCCGGGGUUGAUGCGCGAGCGAGAGAGCAACAUCCCGGUCCCGCAGAAGGUGUACGUGUGCAAGUUCUGCUCGAAGCCAUUUCGGAGAAAAGACCACUACAAGAUACAUCUACACAUACACACUGGAGUCAAGUCGUUUUUUUGUACAUUCUGUGGGAAAGGUUUCUACCGCAAAGACCACCUGCAGAAGCACUCGCAGGUGCACCAGAAGGAGAAGGAGAAAGCGAAGCCGACAAAGAAGAAGCUGCCGGACCUGUACCCCAUCAACAUGGCGCCCAAACUAAAGGCCUUAGUGAAGCCCAACCCUCUGACCAAGAUCCCGCAGCCACGGAGUCCUGACAUCCAGCCAGAGAUCACUAUCCAUGCGCCAUCUAACUCGUCGCUGCGAGUGCCCCUGCAGAUAAAGGUCCCGUACCAAAUGGUGAUGUCUCUCCACAACGGUGAGCAGAGGGCGCUCACAGUGCACCCACGCACCGACACUGAUUAAUUUUAAAUACAUUACCUGCUACAUAUGAAUAUAUUAGCGGCUCGUCCGAGUCGAACCAUAAUAAAUUAUACUUUUAAACCUUUCUUAAGAAUCACAUUAAUUAAAAAACCCGCAUCAAAAUCUUGUUGCGUAGUUUUAAAGAUCUAAGCAUAUGUAGGGACAGUCAGCGGGAAGCGACUUUGUUUUAUACUAUGUAUUUAUAUUGAUGCAUACUAAUGUCAUAAAUACGAAAGUCUGUCUGUUCCGCUUUCACGGAUGAACCGCUGGACCGAUUUUCAUUAAAUUUGGUGUGAAUGUAAACCCCUGUUGAAACAUAGGCUACUUUUUCACAAAUCAACCCCCAAAAGACUAUAAUGGGGGUGAAAUAUUGUAUGAAAAUCACGUUGAAAAGCCAACAGAAUCGUCUGUGGCCACAGAUUGAAUAAUCAACUCCAAAAAAUAUUUAUUACUUUAUAAGACAAUGAUACCCUCUACUAUGUUAUUACAUACGUGAGAAAACUGUCAUAUGCCUGAGGAGUUAGUGUGUGUUUGCAUUUCACUUUUCACUAUCGAAUCUAUUCGAAGUGAUACGCAGCGAACCAAUCACAUUGCGCCAUUGUGACGCAACGACAACCACACCGCAAUGUGAUCCGCAGUCUCGCUUCGAAUUGAUUCGAUAGUGAGAAGUGAAACGCAAACCCGCACUUUGCCCACUGAUGUUGAUAAUUACAUCGCACGAAUAUUCAAUACCUACGUAUAUUAAAAAAUACAUACAGCUCAAUGAAAAUCGUGUGUUUUAGCGCGAUAUUCAUAGCACAUAACUGGGUCCAAAUAUAAAUAAAGAUCUCAAAAUAUCGAUACAUGAGUGAGUUGUACAUAUCUUGUAAUAAUAAGUUAUGACGAAUUGAAAUUUUCUCUCUAUUGUUGUUAAGGCUACUUUUUGACACUGUUUGUGCCAUUUAUCAAAUAAGAUUUUUAAUAUGAUGUUCCUCGAUUUUCGUCUCGCACAGAAAUCAUGUGAUCUUAAUUUAGAAAGUAUAAAUAAAAUUAUUUUACUACAGUAA